ACAUGAUCAAGUGAUCCGUGCAGCACCUUAACAUCACUACUAAUUAAAUCAGAGGCUCCUUUUCAGUUUUCAACGUACCAAAAAUGUAAGCUCUGACUCUGAGCUUGAGGGACGCACUCAUGUCCAUGGCGCUAAUCGCCCAACCUCACUUUGUUCCUGGAAGUGCUGGAAUCUCUGGGACUAGACGCAUAUGGAAGAAGAAGAAGCCUUGGAUUGGUUUCGAUUCGAGAAAUGAAUUGAGUUUAUGGAGAAAACACCUAUUGAAACCCAAUGGAGCUUCUUCUAUUUGUUGCUCAUAUGGUACAGACAAGGAUCCUCUCUUACCUUCUAUCCAGCAAUUAACCGAUGCUCGUCUCAUUUAUAGUGUAUCUGCAGCAUUGGGUCAUAACAAGGAGUCACAUCCAGAAUGCAGUGCAAGAGUUCCUGCCAUUGUUAGUGCUCUUGAGAAGAAUGAGCUCACUCCUAAGCUCCGUGGCUCACAGAUUCUUGAACUCGCAAAUUUCAGGACUGCAAGUAUAGAAGAUAUUGCAAAUGUUCACGACAGGGCUUAUGUCUUUGGCCUAGAGAAGGCAAUGGAUGAAGCUUCAGAUUCGGGACUAAUUUUCAUCGAAGGCUCUGGACCAACAUAUGCCACUUCCACGACAUUUCAAGAUUCACUUAUCGCAGCAGGAGCGGGAAUGGCUUUAGUUGAUUCAGUGAUCGCAGCAUCCAGAAAGAGUCCAGAUCCUCCCACUGGUUUUGCAUUGAUAAGGCCUCCAGGACACCACGCUGUGCCAAAAGGUCCAAUGGGGUUCUGCGUUUUUGGAAAUGUGGCAAUCGCAGCUCGUCAUGCCCAACGCGCACAUGGUCUGAAGCGCGUCUUCAUAAUUGACUUUGAUGUUCACCACGGGAAUGGCACAAAUGAUGCAUUUUCUGAGGACCCUGAUAUAUUCUUUCUGUCAACGCAUCAGGACGGAAGCUAUCCUGGAACAGGAAAAAUCAGUGACAUAGGUAAAGGAAAAGGUGAAGGUACCACUCUAAAUUUACCACUACCUGGAGGGUCAGGUGAUAUUGCAAUGAGAAGUGCUUUUGAAGAAAUCAUAGUUCCAUGUGUUCAACGGUUCAAGCCAGAUCUUAUUCUUGUUUCUGCUGGGUAUGAUGCUCACGUCCUGGAUCCACUAGCAAAUCUACAGUUCACGACAGGAACGUACUACUCAUUGGCGAAAGAUAUAAAGCGGUUAGCGAAAGAAGUGUGCGGAGGACGUUGUGUGUUUUUCUUGGAAGGAGGAUACAACCUUGAGUCACUUUCAUCAUCUGUGGCAGACUCGUUUCGAGCAUUGCUUGGAGAAGAAAGCUUGGCAUCAGAGUUUGAUAACCCAGCCUAUUUGUAUGAAGAACCAAUGAGAAAGGUGCGAGAUGCAAUAGAGAGAGCCAAAAGUAUUCAUUGCUUAUAACUUAUAUAACAAAGGAUUUGCUUGGGAAAUUCUCCAUAGUUUCCAUACUAUGUCUUAAACUAUCAGGACUUAUGUUAUUUUGUAAAGCUGUUGGGAUUAUAUAAAUUAAUAAUAUACAAUACGGAGAUGUAGAGUUUAUA